CCGGAAGACACCUCUAACUAAAAGCCACAAUGUAUGCCCCAAUGCUAUGUUUGGCUAAAGGCUACAUCGACCUACACUCCGCACCUUCGACGCCGACCAUGCCUCCACUGUCAUUCAAGCGACUAUACUCGUACUUCCUCACCGCCAUCACGAUGGCGAUGGGAACGGCGCUACUCUACUCCGGCGUAGUGGGCACAUUUAUCGAUACACUGGGCUGGGCCAAAGGCUUCGGCAUGCCAACAGCAACAGAGGAAACAGCCGUGCUUUUUGCGUCCGCAACGGGUCGGAAUCUUGGCGCUGGGUUUUUCGUUUGGACACAGAUUCUACGGGGUGAUAAGAGGAUGCUGGGGAUGUUCAUGAUAUGCUGGGCGUGGGCGGGAGUAGCGGAUUGCAUGAUCCUUUGGCGACAUCCCGAUGGGCAAAAUGUGACCAAGCACAUGGUGAACACCGUGCUGGCGCCUACAUUCGGUAUUCUUUUGAUCAGAUCAUAGACAAUGGUAUUUGUACGACGUGCCUGCAAUCUGCUUAGAUCUUGGCGACUUUGUAAGGCUGAAGCUAGCAGCGACAUCGCUUUGACAAUCAUAUUGGAUGCUGCUAGAAACACCCGAGCCGCCAUCGCCGCCGCCGGAAUUUCAGAGUAAACAACUGAAGCUAUAUGUUAGGAG